UCCGACUCUUCUGCGCUCCCCUCUUGUCCCCUACCCAAACCCCCACCACGUACGGCCUCCGUCCCCUUUUCCGGCGACGGCGACGGCACUGCACCGCCCGCGCCGCCGGUGAGGGCCUCCACUCCACUCGCCUCCACGAGAGGGGGGAAAGACGACCUCACCUCCGCCGCUGCCGUCCCCGGAAGGCGCGCGCGGUCCGGCGAGGCUCUCGCGUGUCCCCGCUCCACGUUAGGUUCUCGCGCUUCGUCUCUCUCUCUCUCUCUCUCCCGCUGCCUUGCCUCUACCCCGCCUCCCUCCCACUCCCGCCCCUUCGCCGCCGCCUUCCAUUGGUAACCCGGAGCGCUCCAUUAGUGUUGGGCACCUGCUCGUGCUCUGGUGGUGUUUGAUGGUGUUCGUCUCCGCGGUGGAUGAACUGAGCGCUGCGGCGAAUCGGGAAGGUUCUCUCCUCGCUGGCCGCACCCAUGAUCGCCUCCUCCUCAGCGCAAUCAUGGAUUAAGGGUCACACCAAUCAAUUAGCGAGGGUGUUUUCUUUGGAUUUUCGCAGAGGGCGCUCUAGAAGGAUUCCUUCCAGAAUGAGGUCUAGCAAUGCUCUUGGCUCUAAGCUCUUCCGGUGGUGUUCGCGCGAGAAUCACACGUCCGUCAGGAAGCUGUUGGAGGUGGAUGGCACGUCAGAGAGAUCAAAACUCCUGAACAAAGUGUCUGUUUUGAUGGGUUAUAGUAAUACACAAGAAUUAAUUGAGCAAGAAAGAGCCCGCAGAGGAUCUGCUACAGAAUUGAUCAGUGUAUGCAAAGAAAUUGAGUUCCCAGAAAUGUGUGCAAAGUUUCCAUGCAUAAAAAUUGGUGAUUCAUCACCUAUUGAACUAUAUGCUGCUGCUGCUAGCAUGAGUCAGAAAGAAACUGUGCUUUCUGAAAACCUCACGAAUUUCAUGCGAGAGUCCGGUGGAAAUUUUGGGGCAGCUUAUGAGUUUUCUGACAAAUGCCAUCCAUUAGAUCCAACCCUUACAAACGUCGAUCACCUAUCAAUCAGUGAAGAGAGUUCUCUCACAGCACAGUUUGUUUCUCUUGAACCGGCAGUUGAUACCGAUGCUUGUCCAGAGUCAUUGGCAGUGGCAGAUGCUACAGUUUCUGAUUCUAGCAUCUUGGACAGAAGUAUAAGAUGUUUUCCCGGAACAACUAGUAGGCAAUAUCGCCAGCUAGAGGAUGGUGGUUUCCAUACGGUACGGAAAUUGUUGCAGCAUUUUCCCCGGACCUAUGCAGAUCUACAAAAUCCUCAAGGUUCAAUAGAAGAGGGGCAGUACAUCAUGCUGUUUGGAACCGUUGUAUCUUCCAGGGGAGCCAGACUUAAGCACACUUUAGGUUACCUUGAGGUUGUUGUUAGUUGUUCAAUAAUCGAGAGUGAGUUAAGCUCUUCAGUUAAGAGUUGUAACUCUCAAGCAGAACAAAAGAAGACAAUUCAUUUGCACCUCAAGAAAUUUUUCAGCGGCACACGCUUCUCUUCUCCAUCUUUUCUUAAGUGUAUAUCAUCGAAGUACAAAGAGGGGGAUCUUGCUUAUGUCAGCGGUAAGAUCAAGAAGGCGCUUACUAAAGACCAUUAUGAUUUGAGAGAGUACACUAUUGACAUGCUUGAAGAAGAGGAACAACAAUGCACCCUGCUUGACAGGAAACCAUAUCCUAUAUACCCAUCAAAAGCAGGAUUGAAACCAAGUUUGCUGAGCCUCUCCAUCUCAAGGGCCUUGAAGAUGCUGACGCCAGACAUUGACCCUAUGCCUCAUGAAGUUCUUGUUGAAUUCAACUUGCCCAAUCUCUUUGAUGCUUACAUGGGAAUCCACAAGCCUAAGAAUCGAGAUGAAGCCGAUUUUGCUCGGAGAAGGCUUAUUUUCGAUGAUUUCUUUUAUCUUCAGUUGGGAAGACUGUUUCAAAUGCUUGAAGCUGUUGGUACACGGGUUGAGAAGGAAGAAUUGUUAUUGAAGUGCAAAAAUCAUGAGCUAAAUGCUGUUGGUGCUGACGAGUGGUCUCCUCUUGCAAGGAAAUUGUUAAAAGUUCUUCCUUAUUUGCUUACUCCUAGUCAAUUGAAUGCUGUUAAAGAGAUUAUAUGGGAUCUCAGAAGACCAGUUCCUAUGAACAGACUCUUGCAAGGUGAUGUUGGUUGUGGUAAAACCGUAGUUGCUUUCCUUGCAUGCAUGGAGGUCAUUAGCUCAGGAUUUCAGGCUGCUUUCAUGGUUCCAACGGAGGUUCUUGCCCUCCAGCAUUAUGAACAUCUAACUUCAUUGCUGGAGAAGUUUGAUGGAGAUGAAUGCAAACCAAACAUUGCUUUACUAACUGGUUCAACUUCCACGAGGGAAUCAAGGAUUAUUCGAAAUGGUCUCAAGACAGGAGAAAUAGCAAUGGUCAUUGGAACACACAGCUUAAUUGGUGAUAAAACCGAAUUCUCAGCUUUGCGCAUCUCUGUUAUAGAUGAGCAGCAGCGCUUUGGUGUUGUUCAAAGAGGAAGGUUUAAUAGUAAGCUAUAUACCCCUUCCACGAAAUCGAGUGAUGAUGAUACAAUCUCAGACGAGAAUUCCGCUUCUGAAAUAUUUAUGGCUCCCCAUGUUCUUGCUAUGUCCGCUACUCCAAUCCCAAGAACGUUGGCUCUUGCUCUGUAUGGGGACAUGUCCCUUACACAGAUCACGGACUUGCCUCCAGGAAGACAACCUAUAGAAACUCUUGCUCUUGAAGGAAAUGAUGCUGGUUUUGAAUCUGUCUUCCAGAUGAUGAGUGAUGAACUGGUUGAUGGAGGCAAGGUCUACCUCGUAUAUCCUAUCAUAGAAGAAUCAGAGCAGCUACCACAACUUCAUGCAGCAAAAGCCGAGUUUGAUUCCAUAAAGCAAAAAUUUGAAGGUUAUCCCUGUGGGCUGUUGCACGGUCGCAUGAGGAGCGAUGAGAAGGAUGGAGCCCUCAGCAGUUUUAGAUCCGGGGAAACACGUAUUCUCCUCUCAACACAAGUGAUUGAGAUUGGAGUCGAUGUUCCUGAUGCUUCCAUGAUGGUUGUCAUGAAUGCUGAGAGAUUUGGAAUGUCUCAGCUGCACCAGUUAAGGGGUCGGGUAGGGCGUGGCGAAAGGAAAUCCAGAUGUGUGUUCCUAUGCUCCACUCCUAGCGCGCUGCCAAGGUUGAAGGUGCUUGAGAAGUCAUCCGAUGGAUUCUACUUGGCUAACGCCGACCUGCUACUGCGUGGCCCUGGUGAUCUACUCGGCAAGAAACAGUCAGGGCAUCUUCCAGAGUUUCCAAUAGCUAGACUGGAGAUUGAUGGCAGUAUUCUACAAGAAGCUCAUCUUGCUGCACUUAACGUUUUGGGAACAAGCAACGACCUUGCACAAUUUCCAGGACUAAAAGUUGAGCUCAGCAUGAGACAACCGCUGUGCAUUCUUGGAGAUUGACCUGUGAUCUUUACUGAGCAGACAGUGCAGUGAGAGUGUGACACUGAACAGCGUUGUAGUGCUCAUUGGGCAAAGCUUUUGCAUUCUGGCUUGUGCGGUGCAGGUGAACAAUCCUUUUUCAGAUGCUGGCAAGAUUGCAAGUUACUACUAGUAGUAUUUUAUCAAACACUUUUUUUAGCAAUACCUGACCAGUGAUAGAUGAAAAAAAAAUCAGUAACAUAAUUUCAUUAUCAUCCCAAAAAUGCUUUCGCCAAUUUGAAUGAUUUCCUUAUUUAUCAUG